UCUAAUGGGGAUCCGGUCAGCUCCUCCCUUUCCCAAGACCUGUUGCUGCUGCCCUCCGAAUUUAGUCCCUCUGUGGUGCCCGACUUCCUCCUCCUACUUCUUAAAUGGCUGUCAGCACAUUAGCAGCCGCGGCUGGAGAAGCGCGAGCAGGGAUGGCUUCAGAUGAGCUGGUUUUCUACGUGAAUGGCAAAAGGAUAGUGGAAGAGAAGGCAGAUCCUGAGCAGAUGCUGCUGCCAUAUCUGAGGAAGAGCCUCCGUCUCACAGGUACCAAGUCUGGCUGUGGUGGAGGUGGCUGUGGUGCAUGCACUGUGAUGAUAUCAAGAUAUGAGCCAGUUACUAAGAAGAUCGUUCAUUAUUCAGCCAAUGCAUGCUUGAUUCCCAUAUGUUCAUUAUAUGGUACUGCAGUUAUCACUGUGGAAGGAAUUGGAACUACCAAAACCAGGAUUCAUCCCGUUCAGGAACGGAUUGCGAAAAGUCAUGGUUCUCAGUGUGGCUUCUGCACUCCUGGCAUGGUGAUGUCCAUCUACGCUUUACUGCGCAACCAGCCGGAACCCACGUCAGAACAGAUAACUGAAGCUCUGGCUGGCAAUUUAUGCCGCUGCACUGGCUACAGGCCUAUUAUCGAUGGCUGUAAUACUUUCUGCAAGGAAUCAUUUUGUUGCCAAAGUCGAGAGAAUGGGAACUGUUGCUUGGAUCAAGAAGACCAUUUACCUAAUAAGGAAAAGAAGACUUGUACAACACUGUUUUCUGCAGAAGAAUUCCAGCCCUUGGAUCCCACUCAAGAACUAAUAUUUCCACCAGAACUCAUGAGAAUGGCUGAAAAUCAGACAGCACGGACUCUUAUUUUCCAUGGGGAAAGAACUAGGUGGAUUUCUCCUGUAAAUCGAAAAGAACUUCUGGAACUGAAAGCCAAGUACCCCCAGGCGCCUCUUGUAGUAGGGAACACUGGUUUGGGACCUUCUAUGAAAUUUAAAGGUGUAUUUCAUCCACUUAUCAUCUCACCUACGAGGAUAUUGGAUUUGUAUGUGGUAGAACACACAGAGAAUGGGCUAAUACUAGGAGCUGCCUGUAGCCUGACUUUAGUGAAAGACAUUCUGACAAAAGCCAUUUCAGAACUUCCAGCAGAGAAGACCAAGAUAUUCUGUGCUCUCUUGCAACAGUUAAAAACUCUGGGCGGACAGCAGAUCCGAAAUGUAGCUUCUUUUGGAGGAAAUAUCAUAAUGAGAAGUUCAACAUCUGACAUCAAUCCUAUUCUUGCAGUUGGCAAUAGUAUCCUCAGUGUGGCAUCACAAGGGAGACUGCGACAGAUUCCUUUGAGUGAUCUUUUUGCUGAUGGACUUGGAAAAAAUACCCUUGAACCAGAGGAGAUCCUAGUGUCUAUUCACAUUCCACAUUCUAGGAAGGGUGAAUUUGUAUCAGCAUUCCGACAGGCCCAGCGGCAGGAAAAUGCUUUACCUAUUGUUACUGCAGGGAUGAGAGUUCUUUUUGACGAAGGCUGCAACAUCAUUAAGGACAUCAGCAUCUUUUAUGGAGGCAUUAGCCCCACUACAGUUGCUGCAAAGCAUACAUGCCAGGCACUCAUUGGGAGACCUUGGGAUGAGGAGAUGCUGGAUGAAGCCUGCAGAUCAGUCCUCAAAGAACUUGUUCUCCCAAGCGCUGCUCCAGGGGGCAAAGUAGAGUAUAGAAGGACUCUCAUUGUCAGUUUCAUCUUCAAAUUCUACCUGGAGGUGCUGAAGUCAUUGAAGACAAUGUAUUCCAGUCGGUAUCCAGACAUCCCAGAGAAUUAUAUGAGUGCCCUUGAACAUUUCCAUACCAAAAUCCCCCAGAGCAUGCAAAAGUUCCAGGAUGUAGAGCUGGGGCAACUUGCUCAAGACCCAAUAGGACGUCCAGUCAUGCACCAGGCCGGUAUUAAACAUGCUACAGGGGAAGCCAUUUAUUGUGAUGACAUUCGUGCUGUGGAUGAGGAACUCUUCUUGGCUCUAGUAACCAGUUCUAAAGCCCAUGCAAAGAUUGGGUCAAUUGAUGCUUCAGAAGCCCUCAAGAUGCCAGGUGUGGUUGAUAUAAUUUCUGUUCAGGAUGUCCCAGCCACCAAUGAGUUCUAUAACUAUGAAAUCCCCGACAUUGUAUUUGCCAGAGGAACGGUGACUUGUGUGGGUCAGAUUGUCUGUGCUGUGGUUGCCGAUUCAGAUGUUCAUGCCAAACAAGCAGCUGCAAAGGUGAAGAUCGAGUAUGAGCCACAGGAACCCGUGAUCCUGACAAUCCAGGAGGCGAUAGAGCACAACUCAUUCUUUGAACCGCAAAAAAAAAAAAUAGAAAAUGGAAAUGUAGAUGAAGCGUUUAAAAGUGUUGACCACAUACUGGAAGGUGAGAUCCAUAUUGGGGGACAGAAGCAUUUCUACAUAGAAACGCAGAGUAUCCUUGCUGUUCCCAAAGGAGAGGAUAAAGAAAUGGAUGUGUAUGUGUCAUCCCAGCAUCCAGCAAUGGUACAGGAAAUGGUGGCCUCUUGUUUAGGCAUCCCAGAUAACAGGAUCAUGUGUCACGUCAAACGAGUGGGAGGAGCUUUUGGUGGGAAGCUGCUGAGAACUGGCUUGUUGGCCUGCAUUGUAGCUGUGGCAGCUAACAAGACAGGUCAUGCAGUGCGCUGUGUUCUGGACAGAGGCACUGACAUGUUAGUCACUGGAGGUCGACACCCUUUUGUUGGCAAGUACAAAGUUGGCUUCAUGAAUAAUGGCAGGGUCUUGGCUAUAGAUAUCGAUGUGUACCUUAACGGAGGAUGCACCCCUGAUGAUUCUCUUCUGGUUACAGAGAUAGUCCUGCUAAAAAUGGACAAUGCAUACAAGAUUCCAUCUAUCCGAUCCCAUUGCUGUACUUGCAAGACACAUAUGCCAUCCAACACAGCUUUCCGAGGCUUUGGCUUUCCACAAGCAGGACUGUUGACAGAGGCCUGGAUAACACGUGUGGCAGCCAGAUGUGGCCUAUUACCAGAGGAGAUUCGAGAAAUAAAUAUGUACAAAGAAAAUGAACAGACCCCUUACAAACAGGAGCUCAACCCACAGAAUCUGCAUAAAUGUUGGAAUGAAUGUAUGGACAAAUCUGCAUAUCACACAAGGAAAGCAACUGUGAACAAAUUCAACGCACACAAUUACUGGAAGAAGAAAGGGAUUGCUAUUAUUCCCAUGAAGUUUCCAGUUGGUUUUUGUACACGCGUGCUAGGUCAGGCUGCUGCUCUGGUCCACUUAUAUACUGAUGGGUCUGUGCUCCUGACGCAUGGUGGUGUAGAAAUGGGACAAGGACUUCACACAAAAAUGAUACAGGUGGCUAGCCGAGAGUUAAAGAUGCCAAUGUCAAAUAUUCAUUUCUGUGAAACAAGUACCACAACAAUUCCUAAUGCAUGUGCUUCAGUAGGAUCCAUGGGAACUGAUGUCAAUGGAAUGGCAGUGAAGGAUGCCUGCCAGACUCUUCUGAAACGUCUUGCACCCAUCAUUGACCAGAACCCGAAGGGCAGCUGGAAAGAAUGGGCCAAAGAAGCUUUUGAUCAGAGCAUCAAUCUGUCAGCUACAGGUUACUUCAGAGGCUAUGAAGCAGACAUGGAUUGGGAGAAAGGGGAGGGCCAUCCCUUUGAAUAUUUUAUUUAUGGAGCUGCUUGCACCGAGGUUGAAAUAGACUGUCUGACUGGGGGUCACAAGAACAUCAGAACAGAUAUUGUUAUGGAUAUUGGACGCAGCAUCAAUCCUGCAGUGGACAUAGGUCAGAUUGAAGGUGCCUUUGUUCAAGGUCUUGGGCUUUACACAACAGAAGAACUCAGCUUCUCCCCAGAGGGAGUCCUCUACACACGAGGCCCAGAUCAGUAUAAGAUCCCUGCGGUUUGUGACAUCCCGGAACAAUUCAGUGUCUCCUUGCUGGCAUCUUCCCAAAACACAACAGCAAUCUACUCAUCCAAGGGCCUCGGUGAAUCAGGGCUUUUCUUGGGGUGCUCUGUGUUUUUUGCAAUCUGGGAUGCAGUGGCUGCUGCGAGGAGGGAAAGAGAAUUGUCUGGGGACUUUGUGCUGAACAGCCCCUUGACUCCUGAGCGGAUUCGAAUGGCCUGUGCUGACCAGUUUACUGAGAUGAUCCCAAAGGAUGAAAACAAGCCUACUGCUUCUUGGAACAUCCUCCUGUGAAUGAAAAAGCAGGAACCAUAUGAAGUGUGUUACAGCAUAGCAUAGCAGUUAAUGUCGUCACCUGCUUAAUGGAAAGUCCUAUUCAUAUUAGUUCAGUACUUUCUUCCUCACUCUUAAUUAUUGCAAGCUGCAUAAUAAUUUGCAAGAAAGUCUCUUUCUCACAGUUUUCAAGUUAUUCUCAAAGAUUCUCACAGUUUUCAAGUUAUACUAUAAUAGAGAGCUACCAUUAAAGAUCAGAUCAUUUGUCUCCAAUCUCUAUAUUCAAUCCACUCUCUUGGAUCCCUAGUAUAGUUCCCACUUACCCUGCCCUCUUGGGGGUUGUGCUCAACCUCAGCAGAUCCACCAGCCCCCCUUAACUCAUUUGCUCCUCUUACCAAGAGCACCCAUGCCCUCUUCUCCCUUUUGUUAUCAGUGCCAUUUCUGUAGUCCCCCUUUUUUCACUGGAUCUUCAAUACCUCACUUCUUUUCCUUUUCCAUCAGCCUUCUGCUGCUUCCACCCACAUUUCCCUCUGCUUCUCAACGCAGAAGUAGGCGUGUGCAUCCAUCUGGAUCCGUCCGGACCGGCAAGGGGGGGGUCUAUCUUUAAGGGC